GUGUCAACCGCGGGACAACCCCGAGCAGAGCGGAUUCGCACACCCGCGCAGCCCCCGCCCCUCAGGGCCCGGAAUUUAACGCGGCCGCGCCGUGCGAAAGCCCCGUAGAGCAGGGCCCCACGCUGCCGAAAGGGGGCGAGACUGUGGAGCAGAGGACAGAGCCGAGGCGACGAUCCCCAAGACCCCAAGCGAGCGAGCCAGAGAGAGGGGGCCAUGUCCGCGCCCGCGCCCUCCCCUUCCGCCGGCGCGCUACCGGAGCCCGCGCCGGCACCGCCCGUGUCGUUCUACUGCUACGAGUGCGACUCCACCGUCUCGCUGCCCGCGCCGACCGCGCCCUCGUCGCGGCUCCUAUGCCCGCACUGCCGUAGCGACUUCCUCGAGGAGAACCCUAACCCCUUCCCCGACUCGUACCCUCCCCCGCCGCCGGGGUUCCUCUCCGGGUCCUCCGACUCCGAGGACAUCGACGACCUCGACUUCGGGAUGGACCCCGCCGCCGCGCGCGCCUACCUCAGCCGCCUCGCCCACCACCACCUCUACGAUGGGCCCAUCGACGUCGCCUCCGCAGUGUCCGUGCUCCAACACGGGCACCUCGGAGGGGAGCUGCCCGCGCCGGCCGCGUCCAUCGCCGCGCUGCCCACGGUCGAGGUGUCCGAGCCCGCUGAAAUCUGCGCCAUCUGCAAGGAGGACCUCCCCCUCGCCUCCGCCGCGCGCAGGCUCCCCUGUGCGCACCUCUACCACCCCUGCUGCAUCGUCACGUGGCUGGAGAUGCACAACUCCUGCCCCGUCUGCCGCUUCCGCCUCCCCUCCUCCGAUCCCGAGGAGGCCACGCCGUCGGAGCACGCUCCGCCGCCCACGCAGAUCACUAUCCGGUUAACUGCCACCAGCCUUUUCCGCUUUCGCAUCAACAAUGAUGCGGCAGUUGCUGCAGCUCCAGUCUCGGCGUCGCCUACUCAGCUUGCGCAGGCUGUUACUGGGGAAGGAUGUAGUGGACCUGCCAAUAGCGGUGAGACUGUGUCGUCUGAGUGGCCACCGCACCCUGAGUCCGAUACAGUCAUGUCAGAGGCCCGCGAGGGGGAUGCCUUUUUUGAUUGAGACAGAGCUUCGAGUUAUCAGGUUUUAAGGUAGCUAUUGUUAGCUGUCAAACAACAACAGUAGAAAGAAGACCACCAUAUGCAUCGUCCUUCUGGUUGCCGACUUGCUCGGACGAGAUUCCUCCUCGAAGUGCCUUUCUUGCUUGAUGAUAGCAUGUUGUUACAUGCUGAAUUAAGUUGUCUUUUGCAGAGACCAGGGGAAUCAGUGCAUUGCUUCUCAGUACCUUGUAUAUUGGUUAAACUUAUUUCUUUCGCAAUAAAUAUGUACAUUUGUGAGUGUUUCUCUUUCCCGUUACCCCGUGACUUGACCUGCAUCUGUGGGAAAGAUGGAAAA